UCGUCCGUGCGUGCGCGCCCCCGUGUGUCACCUUGCUCCAUCGCUAGAGGUAAAGCACCGACCAGAAGCGACAGCUACGCGUGAAGCCAGAAUCCCUUUACCGAGGGACUGUCGUCCGGUUUGAAAAGAGCCAGAGAGAAAAUGGCGGAAGCUUCCAAACCGAAGACCUCUCCCAAGGCCAUUAAGUUCCUCUUUGGGGGACUGGCAGGGAUGGGGGCGACAGUGUUCGUCCAACCUCUCGAUCUAGUGAAGAACAGGAUGCAGCUGAGCGGUCAGGGAGGAAAGGCCCGGGAAUAUAAGACCAGCUUCCAUGCUCUGGCCUCGAUACUGAAGAAUGAAGGACUAGGAGGCAUCUAUACUGGUCUGUCAGCAGGUCUGCUCCGCCAGGCUACCUACACCACAACGAGGUUAGGAAUCUACACAGUGUUGUUUGAGAAGAUGACGGGACAGGACGGGACUCCGCCCAGCUUCCUCAUGAAGGCUCUGAUUGGUAUGACGGCUGGAGCAACCGGAGCCUUCGUUGGAACACCUGCUGAAGUCGCCUUGAUCAGGAUGACCGCUGACGGACG